AUGGACACACCAGCGGCAGUUCUUCUGGAUCCGAAGGCGUUCAAAAAACAGUCUAUAAAGGAUUCUGGGCCUAGCUCUCCGCGACCUAAAGGAGCGCAUUCGGGGAACGUCUUCGACCCCAGGACACUGUUGAGCCCUCGAGGCUUGGAACCGCGCAAAUCAAAACCACCGGCUAGUGCGCCUAUAUCUCGAAACUCAAGUUCUCUUCAGCUUAGCAUAAAGGAUGCCAGCAAUUCCGGUUCCUGCAGAAACGUGAGCGAUGCCCAAAGAGAGAAAACCGAGUCAACCCGAGACCCCAAAGCGAUUCGGUUUGAGCUUCAUCAGAGAAUGAUAGAAGACAUGUAUGGAGUCGAAGAACGAGCAGCUCAACCGCAGAAACGGAUAAAACGUGACCAUGACCACGCUGCUAGUAGAUCAGAGGGCAGGUUCGCUUCUGGUUCUGGAGGAGGACUGGGAGAGUACAUGAAGGAAUGUUCUGAGAAUAGUACACCUUCACUUUCUGAGGUGGCUACAAUAGACCUUACUUUAGACGACGGUCAGAAUGAAGACGAUGACGUUGUUUUCCUUGGCAAUAAAGACCUGGGAAUGGAGGAAGUUUGCUACGGCAGAAUCGAAGGUGCUACUGUUCACGCACACAGAGUUCCUCGUCCAAUGAAGUCCGUGUUUGGCGCCACAUCAUCCGACUGGCCUUCUAUUCGAUGUACGCUUCUGCGCACUCGUGGCACAGAUACUCGGAUUGAGGUCUCGGAUUCUUCUCAAAGCGUAUUCGGGAUCAUUGAUAAUCGCGUUUCUGCAGCUUUGGUGCCACUCCUCGACUCGACGAUCACUAAGGUGCGAACUCAAGCUCGCUUGGACGUCCGCAAGAAGAAAGAAAACGAAUGGCCUGGGCAGUCUUGUUCCGAAAUAUACCGUGUUACAAUAAACAUCUAUGGGCCUAGGAAGAUGGCAGAUGCGAUCGGGAGACAUCUCGGGCAGAAAAAUGUUUGGUUGGGAACUCCUAAUUCCGUUGAAGCAGGUAUUUCAACUUACAAUCCCCAUUCUGAGAGGCGUCUCGUACAAGCAGCUAGCACCACAAAUCGUCUUGUUGUUCAAUCAGAAACACGGACAGCGGAAGAAAUUAACAGUGCUAUCACGAAGAUGUUUGAUCGAUUGACCAGUACGGGAGAUAUCCCGGAAAUGGAACCACCUCCCAUGAUAAAAACACCAUUACUUCCACAUCAAAGACAGGCAUUGUGGUAUAUGUUGCAGAAAGAAAAACCACGAAAGUUUGGUGAAAACGAAGCUGAAAAUAAUUCCUUAUGGAGGAUACAACAUCAAUCCAAUGGGCAAAAGCUUUACAGGGAGAUUAUCAGUGGUGUUACUUCGUUCGAAGAACCGCCACAAGUGUACGGUGGCCUGCUAGCGGAUGUGAUGGGACUAGGUAAGACGUUAAGCAUUUUAUCUCUGGUGAUGUCCACGAAUCUCGAGUCACUGGAGUGGGAGAUGCAGACCGUCGAUAAAAGAUUAUUGAACAAUCCUGUCACACGGAAUGUGAAGACUACCCUUCUAGUUUGCCCCUUAAGUGCUGUUGGAAAUUGGGUAAGCCAAAUCGAGGAACAUUUGGAAGCGGGUGCCCUUUCAUACUAUGUAUUCCAUGGCCCGACAAGAACGGAGGAUCCCGCUGAAUUGUCAAAGUACGACCUGGUCAUCACUACCUACAGUACAAUACUCAGCGAACUCUCUGGCAAAAACUCUAAAAGAGGAACAAGUCCACUCACUCGCAUGAACAUGUUCCGUAUUGUUCUUGAUGAAGCACACACUAUUAGGGAACAAAGCGCUGGUCAAAGUCAGGCUAUAUUUGCUCUGGAUGCCCAACGUCGCUGGUCGGUGACUGGAACGCCAAUCCAGAAUAGACUUGAGGACCUAGCAUCUGUAACCAGGUUUCUACGGCUUCAUCCGUAUGUUGAAAAGGCUCAGUUUGCCGCUUACAUCAUUGCCCCCUUUAAAAGUGAAAACCCUAAGGCAAUCCCAAACCUUCGUAUGUUGGUUGACUCGUUCACCCUCCGUCGCAUCAAGGAUCGUAUCAAUCUGCCACCCCGUCAUGACAAGAUAAUCACCUUAACCUUCUCAGAGCAAGAAAAGAUGCUACAUGAGUUUUUCAGGAAGGAGUCCAAUGUCAUGAUGAAUGCUAUUGCUGGCGAGAGCAAAGAAAAGAUGCGGGGGAAGAUGUAUCAUUUAGUUCUGAAGGCGAUGAUGGUUCUGAGACAAGUCAGUGCUCAUGGGAAGGAACUCCUCGAUCAGCAAGAUCGUGAUAGGUUUAAAGGCUUAAGUGCAAAUGACGCUAUCGAUUUAGAGAAGCCAGACGACGAGAAAUCUUCAAGUGCCACAGAAAAGAAGGCAUAUGAAAUGCUCGCCCUCAUGAAAGAAUCGGGCGCAGAUGUGUGCGCAAAGUGCGGUAAUAACAUCACACUCCAAUCUCCUGAAGAAAGCCCGACCGAUAAAGAUCCAGUUAUUGCAGCCAUGUUACCAUGUUAUGAUCUUGUUUGUGCAGACUGCUUCCCGCCCAUUCAACAAGUUUUUGGCGAAAGCGCUGGCAAACGAUCUCAGCUUAGCUGUACAUUCUGCAAGGAAUUAAUUUCCGUCACAUAUUCGGCCAUUACACGCCAAGGCUUUGAGAAAUUCCAAGCAUAUCAACUCUCCUCGCGGCAGAAUCCCAAACAAGCCAAGAAAUUUGGCCAGUAUGAGGGACCACAUACCAAAACGAAAGCACUCAUUUCACACCUCCUCGAUACCAUCGAAGAAAGCAAGAAAAGCCCUGAAAAAGCUCCCAUCAAAAGCAUCGUCUUUUCCUCUUGGACAUCGCAUCUGGACCUAAUCCAAAUCGCCCUGGAAGACAACGGAAUAACCAGUUUCACCCGGCUCGACGGAACUAUGUCUCUGAAACAGCGCAAUGCCGCCCUCGAUGCAUUCCGAGAUGACGACAACGUCACUAUCCUCCUAGCCACGCUCGGGGCCGGCGGCGUCGGCCUGAACCUGACCUCAGGAUCUAGAGCCUAUAUCAUGGAGCCGCAGUACAACCCGGCUGCGAUUGCGCAGGCUGUGGACCGGGUGCAUCGCUUGGGUCAGACGCGGGAGGUUACUACGAUCCAAUUCAUCAUGAAGGAUAGCAUUGAGGAGAAGAUUGCGGAGUUGGCGAGGAAGAAGCAGCAGAUGGCUGAUAUGAGUCUGAAUCGGGGCAGGUUGGAUAGGAGAGAGUUGCAACAGGAGAGGAUGAAAGAGUAUCGGAACCUGUUCACGUGA